AUGGCCGUGAGCAUGGAUGAUGACGUCCCCCUCAUCCUCACCCUGGACGACACUGGAAGCAGCGCCUCAGCCCCUCUUGAUGACCUGGAGCGGGAGGAGCUGCCUAACGAAAAUGGAGGUAGCUAUGACGUUAUUAGCGACGCAUCCAGCCCUGCGGCGGGGGACUGCUGUGUGCAGCAAGGCUCUGCCCGACACAACUGGGAAAUGAACUACCAAGAGGCAGCCAUCUAUCUCCAGGAAGGAGAAAAUAAUGAUAAGUUCUUCACUCACCCCAAAAAUGCCAAAGCACUUUCUGCCUACCUCUUUGCACACAACCACCUUUUCUACCUAAUGGAGCUGAGCACGGCACUGCUUCUCCUGUUGCUGUCUCUCUGCGAGGCGCCAGCUGUCCCUAUGCUCCGUCUUGGCAUCUUUGUCCAUGCAACCCUGGAGCUGUUUGCGUUAAUUGUGGUAGUCUUUGAACUCUCGAUGAAGAUGAGGUGGCUGGGCUUCCAAACCUUUAUCAGGCACAAGAGGACUAUGGUGAAGACUUGCGUGCUGUUUGUACAGUUCAUAGAGGCCAUCGUGGUGUUGGUGCGGCAGACCUCGCAUGUCCGGAUAACAAGAGCCCUGCGCUGUAUCUUCCUGGUGGACUGCCGUUACUGUGGUGCUGUCAGAAGAAAUCUGCGACAGAUCUUCCAGUCCCUCCCACCAUUUAUUGACAUUCUUCUCCUCCUGCUUUUCUUCAUGGUGAUUUUUGCCAUCCUGGGAUUUUACUUGUUUUCUCCUAACCACUCGGAUCCGUACUUCAAUACCUUAGAGAACAGCCUCGUGAAUCUCUUCGUGCUUUUGACCACUUCUAAUUUCCCUGAUGUGAUGAUGCCAUCUUACGCCCGGAACCCCUGGUCCUGUGUCUUCUUCAUAGUGUAUCUCUCCAUUGAGCUGUACUUCAUCAUGAACUUGCUUCUCGCUGUUGUGUUCGACACCUUCAAUGACAUCGAGAAGAGGAAGUUUAAGUCCUUGCUGCUGCACAAGCGCACGGCCAUCCAGCACGCCUACCGCUUGCUGAUCACCAGACAGAGGCCGUCUGGAAUUUCCUUCAAGCACUUUGAAGGGCUGUUGCGGUUUUACAAGCCUCGGAUGUGUGCCAGAGAGCGAUAUCUCACUUUCAAAGCACUGAAUCAAAGCAAUACUCCUUUAGUCAGUCUAAAGGAUUUUUACAAUUUCUAUGAAGUUGUUGGCUUAAAAUGGAAGGUGCGCAAAACGAAAUCGGAACUUCCACGGACGGCAUUCGUUAUUUUCAAAGGCAUCAACAUCCUUGUGAAGUCCCGCGUGUUCCAAUACACCAUGUAUACCGUGGUGGCUGUGAAUGGAAUUUGGAUUCUUGUUGAAACCUUCAUGCUGCAAGGAGGGAAUUUCUUCUCCAGAAACGUCCCAUGGAGCUACAUAGUCUUCCUCACAAUCUAUGGUGUGGAGCUACUCCUGAAGACCACUGGACUGGGGCCCGUCGAGUACCUGUCCUCAGGCUGGAAUCUCUUUGACUUCUCAGUGACCCUGUUUGCAUUUUUGGGGCUCAUGGCACUGGCAUUUAACAUGGAGCCAUUCUACUUCAUUGUGGUCUUGCGACCCCUUCAGCUCCUGAGGCUAUUUAAAUUGAAGAAACGCUACAGAAAUGUCCUGGACACCAUGUUUGAGUUGUUCCCCCGGAUGGCCAGCCUGGGUUUAACCCUGCUGAUCUUCUACUAUUGCUUUGCCAUUGUUGGCAUGGAGUUCUUUGCUGGUGUGGUCUACCCGAACUGCUGCAACACAAGCACGGUCGCAGAUUCCUACCGCUGGGUGAAUCACACAGUUGGCAACAAGACGGUUGUGGAAGAAGGUUAUUACUAUCUCAACAACUUUGACAACAUUUUGAACAGCUUUGUCACGCUGUUUGAGCUGACGGUCGUCAAUGACUGGUACAUCAUCAUGGAAGGGGUGACAUCCCAAACCACUCACUGGAGCCGUCUUUACUUCAUGAUCUUCUAUAUUGUGACCAUGGUGGUGAUGACAAUCAUCGUGGCUUUUAUUCUGGAUGCUUUCGUCUUCCGCAUGAACUACACUCGGAAGAACCAAGAUUCAGAAGAAGACAAUGGCAUUGUGCUGGAGAAGGAGAUCUCCAAGGAGGAAGUGGUUGGCAUAAUGGAGCUGUACAGGCGGAGUUCAGCUGCCACUGAAACAGCUCAGCUGCAGAAGAUCGUUUUGCAGAUGGACAAAUAUGGGCAAAUGUCAACACUGUUUCUGGGACGCAGAUCGAGGACCAAGAGUGAUUUGAGUAUGAAGAUGUACGAGGAGGAGAUACAGGAGUGGUAUGAGGAGCAUUCCAGAAAAGAGGAAUCUCAGGUGCCGUCGCAAGAGCCUGCAUCUGCUUCCAACAGCUCUCUGAAGCCCCUGAGCCUCCGACAACGCUCCCACACUGUCAUUUAGGCCUAGCUAACGCAAGCCGCCUUCUAUGCAAUAACCUAGAGUAUUACUUCACAGCGUAUAUAUUGGGAUGAUGUACAUAGAUCCGGUGUACUGUUCGGCUUUAGGGCUUAAAUCUCUUCCCCUAGGCAGC